UCAAUUCUGCAGCAUUAAGAUCACAACCAAGAUCGAGUCCUGUAGCAAGAUCAAGAUGAGGAUCAAGAUCACAACACUGAAGAUGGCAGCGAGCAGUGCCGAGACCUCGCUGGAGAAAAAUGAAUUUACUCCUAACAUCAGAGCAAUGCCACAGUGUUUUUGUGAUGUUCCAAAAGGGAGCUACCAUAUGUAAAUGCCCACUUAACAUGACUGCCACAUAUAACAAGUCUUCGUCCCAGCAGCACCAUGCCUCCGAGACCAGAGGUGACGUACAACUGGAUCAAUAUAACUUCAGAGUUCUUCCACGCUACUAAAGACCUGCAACUGGGUGAGCUUCUGCACGAUGACAUAUUUGGGUUGUUUGAAGCCAUGUCUGCCAUAGAGAUGAUGGACCCCAAGAUGGAUGCUGGCAUGAUGUGCAACAGAGGGAAGAAGGUUCUCAAUUUUGACCAGGCUGUGAAGGCUGGUGCUCUGAAGCUCAACAACCUCACAAUGGAGGAACUUGUCGGAAUCAUGGACUCAAUGCUAGCCUGCCUUGUCACCUGGCUGGAGGGACACUCAGCAGCCCAAACCAUCCUUACCUGCCUCUACCUACACAAACCCCUCAGUAUUGAGGACAGAGCACUGAGAGCAUUUUCAAUACAGACACUGAAACUCAUUGCCAUAAUUAACAAUGUCGUUCAUAGUGCUGGUGUGUUUGAAGAGGAGGACUUCCAGCCUGCCCUGUAUGGUUAUGGGGUGUGUUCAGAGGUGUCUGAGGUGCGUGCAGGAGGCAUGAUGAGGGAAGUGGAAGAGGAGCUACAGAGGGCAGUCAAGGCCACACGGAACAGACAAGGAGAACCAUGGGACCCCAAGAUGCAGAAACAGCACGAAGAUGCAGUGGCACUUUUCUCUAGAAUACGCUUCAUGCGGCUGUUCUAUGCUGCCCUAGCUGCUAUAAUGAGAAGAGAGCCUGUGUCCAUCCCUGAGGCAGAAAGAUGUCUGGCCUCAUGCAAUGAGCUGGUUUGUAUAAUGCAGAACACCAUUGGUCGAGGUUUGAGACCCAAGCAAGCCAAAGAUGAAGAAGGCAAUAAAGUGGACUACCCGGUGAUCAUGGGCUUUGAGCCUCUUGUCAACCAGCGCCUCCUGCCGCCCACCUUCCCCCGGUACACUCGGCUGAGGACACGCAAAGAGGCCAUGAACUACCUGGAGGAGAUGGUGGCCCGCCUGCGUCACAUCACCAAGAUCACCCACUGCACCAGCUUCCACUCGGCUCUGGAAUUUAUUGAAAAUUUUUCUGAGACUCGACCCUGUGUAUUAUCUCGGUCCCUGGCACAAGUCUUGUACCUGGGGGGGGAGAAGCUGUGGGGCGGCCAGGCAAUGGCAGAGGCCCUGAGGGAGGCUGCCAGAGGAUUUAUAUGUCCUCCUGCUCUUCUGCCUAAAGCACCAGUAAUGAACAAUACUCAGGCCAGAGACUAUGUUGACUCGUUCUUCAAUCGAUGUGUGCGGCCCUUUGAACAGCUGGUCCAGACAUGUGGGCACAACCGGGCACGUCAGAGGGAUAAAGUGGCCCAUCUCUUAGAAGAGUUUGCAAUGCUGCAGGAUGAGGCUGAUAAAGUGGAUGCAUAUCUACAUAAUGUCCUGUUGAAGAGUGACCAGCCAAGACCUCAUUUAGCCUACCUGGGCACCUGGGUCCUCUAUCACACACUAAGGCUGAUGAUCAAAUACCUGCUGACAGGAUUCACCUUAGAGCUUUAUGCUGUACAUGAAUAUCAUUAUGUCUACUGGUAUCUCUAUGAGUUUGUAUAUGUAUGGCUGGUGAGUGCGUUGUCCAGAGCAGAUGCAAUGUUGCUUGAGCAGGACGGCUACGACACAAACAGAGGGGGAAAGAGUGGACGCUCAUCGAAAAACAAAAAUAGAAACAGAAAAAAGCAUCGACCAUAUGGAAAGGAAAUCACGUACAACCAAGCUCUCCAGCAUCUGUGUGGAGGAUACUAUAAGGCAAUGUUGGGGUUGAGAGAGGCAGGGAAAGUCAAGUUACCACUUCAGGAGUUUGACAGUGAGCAGGUCCGUUAUGAGCACCGGUUCCUGCCAUUCAGCGUAGUGAUGACUCCGCCACCAGUGCACUAUGACCAGUUCCUCUCCAUGACCGACCUCUCAAACUUCUCACAGCCGGUGUCACCAGCCACACUCUUCCAUGAUGCAAGGAAUCACUUCUUUAAGGCACGCUCUCUUCUUGAAACUAUACAUGCCCCAAGUACUGAGGUUCAGCAGCUACUGAAAGUUGUGAAGACGAACUUUGUUGUCAUGAAACUCCUUGAAGGCGGCCACAAGGCUGACGACCCCACUCGCCCUCAGUUUGACUUCACCACUCACCCGUGCUUUCCCAUCAUCAAGAUUUAGCAGAAAGUUGUUAGGAAGCGAGUUCCAAAGGAACUCCUUCCUAUCAAUGAGACAGAAGAAGGUAGAUAAUCUGGAUUUAAGAUUUAUUACAGGAGGCAUCUAUUUUUGCACAAACCAUAUUUACCACCACUGUAGAAGACAAGAGCUCUAGAGUAUCACCUUGAAUGGAAUGAUUUGUAAAUACUGAAGAUACUAUACUAUAUUUAGCAUACAUGAAGCACAGUUAGUCUGCAGAUUGUGUAAGGUUUUAUAUGCAUCUAAUCCUGUAUUUAUGAUCUGUAGAUUCCACUUUCCUAAAUGCAAACUUUAACAGGAAACAUUUGAAAGGAUAUUUGAAGCAUUGAAUUUAGGCUUCAUGGCAAAUACAAUGUUGCUUCCAAGAUGCUGGUAUUUUUGAAGUGCAUAAUAGCAUCUUGUGUUUUCUUUCAUUAUUCUGAGAACAACAGUACCUCAGAUAUUUGGGAGAAUCUAGGAAACUAACUAAGAAGGAAUAUCCACAUCAUGAAAGACAAAACCUAACCUACCAUAUCUAACUACAUACGAAAGUGCUCUAUGGAAGUAGAAUGUCACACUGUAUAGUCGGAGCUAAGAUCACAUGCCUGAGGGGACCAACAGCUGUACAAGGGCUAUGAAAACCCUUCACACUACAGCACUACAGCAGGUAAAGCUCAGACAUCUAGUUGCAUCCCAGACUCAUUUGUCCUUAGCUUUGAUAAUGUAACUUAAAGCUUUGAUCUGUCAGGACAAGGGCAGCCAGUCGGCUAAGGUCAUUGAACGUCUGUUGCUGGAGAAUAUACUAACAUGCCCUAUAUAUUUUGAGCCGAGGCAAGCAGCAGUGAAAAAGCAUGAAUUGUGGCCAGUUAUUUUUGCACAUCUUCAGUAGAGGAACACCUGUAACCAAGUGAAGUGUGCUCUCUCAUGCCCAGUGUAAUAUGCACCUUGUAUGUGUAAUUUAUUAUAUACAGUAGUAUUUGUAUAAAGUGUAUGAUUGGAGAACAAUAUACUCUCUGCAGGACAAAAUAUAUGCUCUCAAUGAAGAAUCUUUGGUGUUUAUAUUGAAGAAAAAAUGUCAAUUCAGUGGCAAGAAACAGUUGAUCAUUUGCAGUCAGUACUGCCAGUUCAGUAAUAGAUAUCAAAACCCAUUAUCUGAAACAAAGCUGCUGAACUCUUCAGUGUAUUGUGUGGGAUAUUUAUUCAUGGAAAUAUAUAGCACUUGUAAAUUAUUGUGCCUAUUUAUUAAUUUUUUCACUGAUAUUGGCUGUGAUAUAAUCCAUCACACCAUAUAUUGUUUUUCAUAGUGAAGUAAAUUUUUUUCCAACACAUUAAGUUG